AUGUCUGCCUUUGCGGGGAACUCGAGCGUCUCCCCUGGGCUGGAGGCACCGGGCUGCUCCUUCUGCUGCUGCAGCCUGCUGAGCCGCACCCUGACCGUGGUCUUCAUGGUGAGCCUGGCCACGGCCAUCGUGGCGGCCAACGCGGUCACGCUCACCGUGUUCGUACAGACCCGGCAGUGGCGCACCCCGCAGGGCUACCUCAAAGUGUCUCUGGCUUUGGCAGACAUGAUGGUGGGAGUGCUGGUGGUGCCCUUCUCCGUGUAUACGGAGAUCUCCUUGCUGGCGGCCGCGGUGCCCCCGUCGUGGUUCCAGAAAGAUCCGGCACUCUCCACGGGCAGCUCGCCCGGCUCCUGGCAGCCCUGCAAGCUCAUCGGCCCCGUGUUCGCCGGCUGCACCUUCGUGUCCAUCAGCACCAUCUUCCUGAUGACGCUGGAGCGCAGCGUGGCCAUCCUGCGGCCGCUGCACAAGGACGGCCUGGUGACCCGCCGGCGGACGCUGCUGCUCGUCGCGCUCUCCUGGGCCGGCAGUUUCCUGCUGGCGCUGGCGCCGCUCUGCCUGAGCGACAGCUUCACGCUCGAGUACAACGCGUGCAGCCGCAUGUGCAACUACGCGCCCCUGUUGGCCGAGUCCAGCCUCCCGUCGGACAGCAGCGUCAUGCUGCUCUUCCCUGCCUUCGACUUCACCCUGCUGAGCGGAACGCUGGCCAUCAACGUCCUGUCCUUCAGCAGCAUCCGCCGCUACACCCGCAAGCGCAAGCUCCUGUCGGAGGGCGGGCCCCAAGCGAACGGCUGCCCGCACCCGCCUUCCUUCUCGGACAUCAAGGCGGCGAAGACCAUCAGCAUCCUGACGUUUGCGUUCGCCGCUUCCUUCACGCCCAUCGCCGUGUUCGUGCUGGGCAACGUGGCGGGCCACGCCUGGUGCGGCUUCUCCUUCUUCGCCUUCUGGAUGCUGACAGCCAACAGCUGCUGCAACGUGAUCAUCUACAGCGCGCGGGACCGGCGCUUCCGCAGAGGCGUGACCCUGCUCCUGCGGCCCGGCCGCCCGCCCUUGCUGGAGGACAAGAGCUGA